GCUCAAAAUUGCUUCUGCAGAGUCGUGCAGGACUUAUUAAAGGCAUGGCACAAGGCACCUCCAGUCUCUUGAGCAACACUGUCUAUGCAAUAAGUGAUACAGCCACUCAAUUUAGCAAGGCUGCACAGAAGGGCAUUGUUGCAUUUACAUUUGAUGACCACAGGACUAACUGGUCUACUACAAUCACCUAUAAAGGGGCUGAAAAACAUGGACUUCCAGGAGUAGUCUCAGGUAUAGCCCUUGGUGUGACGGGACUCGUGGCAAAACCUACUGCUAGUGUCCUUGAUAUCACUGGUAAAACAGCACAAAGCAUUAGAAAUUGGAGCAAGCGGCAUCACAGUGGAUGCCACCGCUUUAGGGUUCGUUUGCCAAGGCAUUUAAGCAGGGAAUACCCCUUGAGGCCAUACUGUUGGGAGGAAGCAAUUGGAUCAUCUGUACUCCAGGAGGUUGAUGAUAGUUUAAAUCUCAAGGAUGAGGUCCUAGUCAUCUGUAAUGCACUCAAAGAGGAUGGGAGAUUUGUAAUCAUCACUGAGAGACUCAUCUUAGUUGUCAGUAGCAAAAGUUUGGAAAAUUUGGGUAAGCCCGAGUUUCGUGGAGUUCCUGCUAACCUGGAAUGGGUGAUAGACAUGGAGAUUGGAAUGGAUAGCAUCAUCCAUGCUGAUAAUGAUGGUGAGGUGGUGCAUAUCAUAGGAAGUAGGUCAGAUAUAGUAAUGAAGCAGAAUCAGCAGAAAAGAGGUUGGGGAACAGAAGGCAAGCGAAGCUGGAACAAUAAUCCUCGUGCUCCUCUUCCAUUAUUCCAAACUGACUUGCUCUUUACAUCAAAAGAAAGGGCAACGGACUUUCUACACACACUUUUGUCUGCAAUUGACCAGGCUAAAGAGCAAGGCCGGUGCCAUGUGCAUCUUUUGCACCAAAGUAGCCUAAGGUAGAUUUUUAAACAAAUUAAAAGAGUGGCUAAACUUAUCAUGACAAUGUUGGAGAAAAAGAGGAUAUGUUAAUUGUUUUGUACAUAUGCCCAAUUGUGUAGUACGUAAUCAAUCAAGCUGAAAUUUGACAACACUCAUUGUCCUUGUCCUUUCUGUGGCUCGUAUUGUGAGCUGUAAUGCAUUCAACUGUGGUAUUGUCAGUGCCUGAGAAAGUGAAGAGAAGGUUUCUGAAUCAGUGAAUAGAAAGGUGAAUACACAGUUCUAUAUGUACAUCUAAAAGACCUCUAAGAAGGAAAUAAGACAUUAUUUCCUUAUGUUA